AUGACAACCACCGCCACUACCGAUGCUUCUUCCCCAUACGCCUACCAGCCUUCAGAGACGGCUCUGCUUCUGCUAGACUGGUACUCUCUAUUUGUAGAGAGAGCUGCUGUUCCCAACGCUGCCGCUGCCAGAGACGUCACAGUCCAACUCCGAAAAUGGGCUAAAUCUCAGGGCAUCACAGUCAUCCACUGUCUCAUCGAUGCCAACAGCACUCUUAUCCCCGUCAUCAAAGACGUAGAGCGUAUCCAAGGUCUUCUAGAGAUCAUGAAGACUUUGACAAACCCUGAACCAACUGAGCUGCAAGACGAGUCCGAAGUAUAUUUUCAACGAGACCCUGCGCACAUUUCGGCUCUUAAGUCGCCUGGCCUACUGGAGCAUUUGAAGGAGAACGGAAUUAAAUCCCUUGUUCUCACAGGAUUAACCACUUCAGGAUGUGUACUGAGAACAGCAAUCACAGCAACUGAUGCUGAGUUCGCAACGACGGUGAUUAGCGAUGCUUGCGCGGAUGCGGAUGAAGAACGUCACAGAGUCAUAUUGGACAAGAUUGUGCCAAUGAGGGGUCAUGUCCAAAGCCGUGCCGACUUCCAACACAAUUUUGAAGUGUCUGCCAAGGCUUCAGCAUUGGGAGCCUCGGGCACUUACACGCUGUAA